AUUAAACGCAAAAAUCACUGUUGUUAUAUGAAGAAAUACGAAAUUUAUUCGAAAUGUAGGUACUAGUAUUUAACCGAGCUCACCCUGUACAAAGUCCACAUAGUGGGAAGAUAUUCUCUUAUAAAAGUAAGUGCCCCAGAAAGAUAUUUUUAGUAUCGGCACCUAAUUGCUGAAAAUAAAGACCCAAUAACAACAACAAUACCUAGAAAUCAUAAAUUCGAACCCGUUGCUUGUAAUAAAGAACCAAUUCGCCACAAGAACAACCACAAUGCAAAUUAUAGUGUUAAUUAUCAGUAUUGUGCUGAAUCAGUAUUAUUCGGUUCCGUGUUUGGCCCUCCAUCUGGGUAAAAACGGAUAUCCGAAAUUUCCUGCGCCUUUGCAUUCGUGUGGACGAAGAAUGACUCAUUGGCGACCUAACAGGGAACCAAAAGUGAUCGGUGGUGAAGAAACUCCCCGUGGAGCGGUACCGUGGCAGGUUGCUUUGCAACUUCAUGGAAAACAUCGAUGUGGGGCUGUAGUAAUAUCUAGGCAGAUCCUUCUUACAGCAGCACAUUGCUAUACAGAAAACAUGGUAGCAGUAGGCGGAUUCAAUAAUCACUACGAAGCUGAUCCUCAUAAGCAAUAUGUUAAAAUAGAAGCUGGAUACUUGCAUCCAGAUUACAAGAAAUUGGGUCCUUACAGCCAUGAUAUUGCUGUUCUGAUACUAGAAAGACCAGGUUUUAAAUUUAAUGAACAAAUGAAACCAGUGUGUUUACCGCACGAUUCACCACAAGCCGGAACUUGGUGUGAAGUAUCCGGAUGGGGAUCCCAAGAUCCGCAAAGACCUGAUCGACCAUCGAACGUUUUACGAUCGGCUGCUGUUCCAAUAUUAUCGUUGGAAACGUGCAGAAAACGUUCCAUUUAUGGAGGCCGAUAUCAACCGAUUUUAGAUAGUAUGCUUUGUGCCGGUCACCUAAAAGGAGGAAUAGAUGCAUGUGGAGGAGACUCUGGAAGCCCGCUGGUUUGCGAAAUUCAUGGAAAGUAUGAGCUUGUCGGAUUGGUGUCUUGGGGCGAGGGAUGCGCGAAAAAAUAUCGUCCUGGGGUUUAUACAAACGUGGCCAGUUUUUAUAAGUGGAUCCGUGCCACUGCUACAGAACAUGGCCUGACUGUCUGAACUAGUAAAGCCGACAAACAGAAAAAAAUUUCAGUCAUUUAUAGUUUUUUGGGCCUCUGCCCUGUGAAUUUUUCGGGUAUUUUAAGACAUUUUCCUCACGCUCACUGUGCAAAUGCACAAGAAUUAACCGGAAAAUCCGCAGACACUUUUGAGGAUCGAUGCCAUAAAGAAGAAAAUUAUAUUUUAUUUGAACAAAUGCUUGUAAAUAAAUCUAGUUUAGAA